GGCAGAGCAGAGAGAAACACGGCCACGUGUUAAAAGUUUUCACAAAUCGAGCUCGACUUAAAACAAUGUUUUUGUAUUCCAGCAGUCUGCGUGUUUAUUGGUAGACGUCACAUUAAACAUCAAGAACAUCAUCAUUUACCCGGUUUUUCUGUGCGUUCAUCCUUAGACUGUUUUUUCUUCGGUCUCCAUCUGGUCUGAUGGCAAGAGUCUAAAAUGUCAUCCAUCUGUCCACUCGACAUCAUCAACCUUGCUGUGCCUGCGACCCGCACUGUACCAGUAUGCGCUGGAUAACCUCUGGCCGCUCUUUUUUUUUAAACGUGCUGAAGGAUUGUGGGUAGUGUAGUUUUUCUUAUUAUUUUUCUUUUUAAAAAUGAAGCUGAAAUCACAAAGACAGGUGGCUUCUAUACAAUAAUCGCGUAACAAUUUUAAAGUUAAUGAUAAGUUUGUUUUGUAGGAUUUAACAUUUUAUAGCUAAAAAUCUCUCGGGAUGUUUACUUCCGGAACACCACAUCCUCAUAAAAGCCCGGGUCCGCACCUGCGCAGAUUACAGAUACAACGGGGGAAAAUUACAAUUAAUCCAGCGACACAUCAUGUGACAUGGGUCGGUCAUUAAAUAAAACGUUGCUGUCAAUGAUUGAAGGACGUCAAACAAAGAGGAAGAAACUGAAGUUGAUUAAAUGGCUCCAGAAAAAAAAAUUGCUUAAAGCAAAAAUAAAGUGCAAUAUAUGCCAACAUACAAUGAAGCUGACUCAUAAACCCAACAAAGCAGACAACUAUGUUUGGUAAGCAUUAUUAUUAUUAUUUAAAGAAAUGUUUUGACCAGAGCUUGCUUGCUUAAAUUAUCCUUUUUAUAAUUAAUUAUGUUCUUAUUUUUCAAUAUACACUCUAAAAAUAUUCAGUUCUAAUUUAGCACUAAAAUUGGUUCUUGGCUCGUAAUCAUAGAGGAACCAUUUUAAGUGCCAUAUAGCACCGAUGAAGUACUUGUAGCACCGGUGUAUAACCAUAUUGUGCUAUGUAGAACCAUAUGUGGUGCUACAGUGGUGCUAUGACCCCCGUAUGGUUCUUCAUAGGUGCUUCAUAGGUGCUUUGUAGCACUAAAAAUGGUUCCUCUAUGAUUACGAGCCAAGAACCACUUUUAGUGCUAUUUAGCACCGUUUGUUUUUAGAGUGUAUUAUUAAUUUAACAUGUCUGUUGUGGUUUUAGGAAAAUGUAAACAAAUAUGACACAUGGUCUUACUCACUAGAAUAUUUUAUUAUGUUUAAAGGUCUUGUACACGGAAGAGACAUAAGGGAAGAUUCAAGUCAGUGAGGUCUGGAUCACUUUUUGCCAAGUCAAAGUGCAAUUUAUUCUCCUGGAUGAAAUUCAUAUAUCGCUUCUCUCAAGGCCUUCAGUUGAGGCAAAUCGACAUGAUUGAAGAUGGCAUUGCCGGAAGCUCACGCACACUCAGCAGCAUGGCCAAAAAGGUUCGAGCUAUUUGUAAACAUUCUAUAAAGCUGUAUGCCAGACGGAAGGGCCUAACAAUAGGACACCCCAGGGAGUUCGUUAUGAUUGACGAAAGCAACUUUCGGCACAAACGAAAGUAUGGGCGUGGAAGGUUCGCAAAGACUUGGCAUAGAAGAAAGUGGGUCUUUGGGAUGCUGGGGGUUGCAACAGGAAAUAGCAAGCCCAUUCUAAAACUUGUUCAUCGCAGGUCCCGAAAUCACCUUAUCCCACUUAUUGUACGACAUGUGCAUCCUGGAAGUUCCAUACUUAGUGAUGAAUGGCGUGCUUACAGAGGGGUACUAACUAAUCUUGGCUAUAAUCACUUUCCUGUGAAGCAUAAUCAGUGUUUUGUAGAUCCAAUAACAGGCAGCCAUACACAGAAUCUAGAAAGAGCAUGGUUAACUUUCAAAGGAAAAAUAUGGCGUCUUAGAGGAAAUAGAACAGAGGACCUACUGAAACAACAUCUAAAGCUGAUAGAGUGGACUUACUGGCUUGGAAACCGGCACAGAAAUGGUCCUCUUGGAAGACUGUUGAAGGACAUACAUCGAAAAUAUCACCUUUAAAACACAAAGCUGAUCAUUUCCAAAGGUGAUUAUUCAGUAUUUGUCCAGCCUUACCUGACCAUACUUGCUCACUCCCAGAUAUAUAUAUAAUUCUUACUUUAAAUAAAUCAAAACACUACAGUAGUGUUAAUUAAUUUCCAAUUGUCUUUUUAUUAAUGUGUAAUAUGUAUAUAAAUUGUUAUACCACUGUCAUGUAAUGUAUGUGGUUCUUUGUAGAAACAAGUUUUUGUUCUUAAUAAUUAUUUUGUAUUUUUUGUCCUGGUAAAGAUUGCUAAUGUUGACCAGUUAUGUAAGGUAAUAAAGGUUCUUACCCUCUUUUAUUACACUUUACAAUAAAGUUUACCAUUUCCAUUAAUAAAUGCUUUGUUAAUGAUAAGUCAUGUCAAUAAAGGAUCUACAAAUGCUA